UGGUGUGUAGGAGCUAUUAGCAGAGUGACACAGCUGUCUCACAGAACCAGUGGCAAUCUCAAGAAACCUGUGGAGUACUCUUUUACAGCUGAUUCUACGAGAGGAGCGCUCCCAUCCAAGUGAAUUACCAGAGAACUACAGGAGCCACAAUGAAAGUGAUCGUCCAGUCCUUCCUCUAUUGCUGCCUUCUGGCGACAGUAGCACACUGUGUGGAACUUGAAGUGAAUUCACAGUUGAAAAAAAGGCUCAGCAUAUGGCUAGAGAGCAGAAUGAGAUGGAAUCUCAACAGUGUGUCGGUAGGGAAGACAGCAGAGUCUGAGCACCUUGUCAGACCAGAAGAUAUCAGGGAAACCUUGCUGCCGCAUUCCAGCACUGACAUCAGUGUUCGAACCAAGAGGUCGAAAAACUCAGCCAACCAGUCAAGAAGGCAAGGUUGUUCACUGGGCACCUGCACAGUGCACGACCUGGCACACCGCCUGCACCAGCUCAAUAACAAGUUCAAGAUUGGGAGUGCCCCCGUUGACAAGAUCAGCCCGCAGGGAUACGGCCGCAGGCGUCGAUCUCUUCCAGCGCAGAGGCAGAGGCAGGAGCAGGACCGGCCCGAGUGGAGAAUAACUGACUCACAGGUUCACAAGCUUAUGGCUCUCCUCAAACGGACAUGAGUGGGACUUUGCAAAAGGGGAGUUGCGAAGAAAAAGCAGGGGAGUAGCAGAGAGUUAGUGUUCUCUCUGCUGUGUUCCGAAAUACUCAAAAUGGCUGAGACACUUGCCAAGUAUUCUCCAGCACAUUUUUUUUUUCCAGGCAUGGGGACUGAGUCAGAGCAAUACUGGCUGCACUGAGUUUCUCUGAGGGCUGAGCCUUGCAGCUCAGCGAUGUAGAGCGCACAGACAGCUGCAGCAAGCUUACAGACACUGGAUGGCACGGCGUGGAGAAAAACUACAGGUGCUGCUCUCUGCUCGGCAGAGGGAAGGGAAGAGUGCUGAUACCUGGCAAAGUGCACACACACGUCCUCUGGCUUCAAGAGGGAACUCUCUUCUAACAUUCUGGGACUUUACACACUUAUUCCUCAAGGCCAGGACUUAUAUAAGUGCUAUCCUCUUAGGAUUAUACCAACAUGUUCCAAACUGUCAGUUCUUGUCAGCACUUUUCCAUUUGGACUGAGGGUCAAAUGAAUCAUCAGGAAAAGACAUCUUCACCGAAAUGCCAAACAGGCUACAGAGCUCUGAAGCUCUCAGUUCAUAUAAAGUUUUGGACACUGUAUAAUGGAAAAUGCCUUAGAUUCUGUGAGAUUUGUGCCAGUCCGUGAUGGAUUGAAAUAUACUUGAAAAUUGUUAUUGUUUGUACAAACACAUGUGCAAUCUAUAUUUGUUUUUUAAUGCAGGUAUAUGUAUAUAUGAAUUCCUUAUUUAAAUAUUAUAUAGAGGUGACAUUAAAAUACUUAUGCAGAUAGAACUAUUUUUGUACAGGAAGAAAUAUAUAUGGGCAUUGUAGCUAUUUGUCAUUACUCUUUUGCAAACUGUGGUAAUAGGAAAUCUGUUUUAAAAAAGGUAUAUUAUAUAUUUGUAAAUGUGUUCUAUUUUAUUUGUGUCAAUGCAAUAACGUUGUCAUUCAAUAAACAUUUUGCAUACAAAAUCGA